UGGUCUUCAAGCGUAAACCUGCACUCGCCGAACCUCUUCAUCAGACGUUAAAAUCUUCAUGCAGAGCUAUCACACCGGCGGCAAGACGGCGAUGGCACGCGCCGUGGCACUACUCGUCGCGGGUCUUCUCCAGCUCGUUGCUUCUCAGCGCACACUGCUGCCAGACAACCAUGAGUCGCAGGCGCUGAGAUCCGCGGCGGCGUCGGUCCUCGCAGCACACACGCCGUGUCUGCACACCACCGUGUUCGUUACUGACGCUGCAGAGGGGGGUGAGAUGCUGCAGGCACCGCGAGGUUUGGCUGUGUUACGAGAGGUGGAUGGCGGGAAGGUGCGCGGCAACACAUCCAAAACCUACCUGGGGCACAUGGCCGAAAAUAUCCACCAGAUGGGAGGGGCGUGGCACUGCCUGGUGGUGGUGGUGGUGAGUGAUGACCCAGCCUUCCUCGCCGCCUUCGCCCACCUGUCACUCAGGCGUCACGCCCUCAGGUGGUCCACCAGAAUCCUUGUCCUCACUCGUCUCCCUCUCAGCCACCUUGGCGGCCUGCACGACCUUCUCUCCAACAGGAACGCCAUGCUGCUGCACGUGCAGGAGGGCGAGGAGGCUGCCAGAAAAGUGAACGUAUUGGUUUGGCAGCCGUACAGUACCCCCAGCAGCACGCCCCUGAGGGUUGCCACCUGGACGACUCACGGAAGGCUGACUCUCAUCUCCCACGUGCCGCUCUUUCCCGAUAAGUUCUCUGUGUUGGUAAAUCUCUGAUUCC